AUGUCACAGGCUUUCCGAAACUUCAAGGAGAUCCGAAUCAAGACGCGGACUGUGCUCAUGGCGAUAAAGUGGGACGUAGACAACUUGUGCGCUACACGGGGCAUGUCAUUCCUCGACAUGCUACGCGAGGCCCAGUCUGAGCAGACGGCUCCGCGCCCCGGGACUCCUCGAAUUUUUGCUAAUCACCAAGCCCUGGGCAAUCUACUUGCAAUGCUGCAGGAAGACAUGGAAAGGACCAAGAAUCCAGCCUCAGACAAGCUGGCCUUCAUUGCCUCACGAGCUCAAUACGUUUUUGCAAUGCAGAUGGUAACGUGGAUUCGCCACAGCGGUAACACUUCUGACACUAGGUCCUAUCUCAAGGCAGACCAUGACUUCAAUGAUCUCAUCGGCACCCUAGUACAGUGCUACGAGGGCGAGCUCGUCAAUUUGAUAGCCGAACUUGACAGCCUGCUUCCAGGUAUGCGUUUUGAAGAGGUCUUUAUCAUGAAAGGCCCGGACCCAGAUAUCGCGGCCGUUGGAUCACUGCUCUCCACUACAGAAGCUAGAAUCCAGGACGACAUGCUCGUCGAGAACUACGAGCGAGACCAUCGCAUGCGGUGUGCUUUCUGCCUUGAAGCAUACACCGCAGCCGAUCCGGCUUUCGAGCUUACCUGCGGACAUAUCGUUGGCCAGACUUGCAUGUCUACGUGGCUGCACUCCUCUCAAGCGCAAGCCACCUCUUGCCCUCACUGCAAGUUUGUUCUAUGUCCACCGCGACAGCGCAUCUCCAUCUCACCCACACCCGCGCAAAUCGCGCGUCGUGAUUCGAUAUCGAUCCUUAUGAAUGUGGUCUGGAACAUUGCUAGCGGCACUCUGCAGACGAUACAGAUGGUCUAUGGACCGCUGGAAGCUCGAGGAGUGGCCGACAGCAUGGAAGAUGCCAUCAACACAGGUCUAGCUCUUAGGGGUGUGGAGUGUCGUGUAUCAGUGCGUUACGACGAGAAUCUACGCAAGUGGAUUGCGACUACACGCUCCUUGUUUUGA